CGAUCCGAACAAAAAGGAUUAAAUUAUUCAGCGAAGAAAAGGUCCCAAGCCGAGCCCCACUCGGAGAGUGCUGUAGAAUCCUAGAAAGAAGAAUCCGAGAAGAGAGCAUAUACCACGCUCCAUCGCAUUCCAUUCCCUAUUAAUACCAUUUUCGACCGUUGUUCUCUUCAAUUGAGCGUGGCCUGCUGCUUUGUUCUCAGUGUCGGUUUCUAACUUUCUCGAUCUGUCUCUCUCUCUCUCUCUCUUUGAUCGACGGAAGAAGAAUGAUGAAGAUAAGAGCAGGGGAAGGAGGAGGAGAAGGAGGGGAGGCAGACGGUGUGGUUGUGAUGGAUGAGAGCGCGGUGGAAGAGAAGAGAGGAGAAGGGAACAAGGGAGAGGAAGUGGCGGAGGUGGAGGGGCAUCCAUACGAUUUCCACGUCUCGGGUCCUCGUAACCUGGCCUCCCCCAACUGGAGAGAUCUCAUCCGUUCUAGCUGGAGGGAUCCAAAUUACAAGAGGAUGGUAAUAGCUUGUUUCAUACAGGCAGUAUACUUGCUGGAACUCGACAGACAAGAUAAAAGGACUGAGGAGAAUGGUCUCGCUCCCAAGUGGUGGAAACCCUUCAAAUACAAGCUGGUACAGACUCUACUAGAUGAAAGGGAUGGCUCCAUCUAUGGCGCAAUACUAGAAUGGGACCGCAGUGCUGCUCUAUCCGAUUUCAUACUGCUCAGACCGAGCGGUGCCCCCAGGGCUGUACUUGUCCUCAGGGGAACAAUACUGAAGAGCUCGACAAUUAGGAGAGAUUUAGAGGAUGAUCUCCGCUACCUUGCUUUGGAAAGCUUAAAGGGCUCUGUUAGAUUUGGCGGAGCAUUACAAGCACUGAAGUUGGUGGUCGACAGGUUUGGCAGCAGCAAUGUGUGCAUAGGUGGGCAUUCCUUGGGUGCUGGCUUUGCUCUGCAAGUGGGCAAAGCAUUGGCAAAGCAAGGGGUGUUUGUCGAAUGCCAUCUGUUUAACCCUCCCUCAGUUUCGCUUGCCAUGAGUCUAAGGAUUAUUGGGGAGAAAGCUGGUUCUGUCUGGAAGAGAAUCAGAGCUGUAAUGCCCCUGAGUGGUGAGCCUGUGCUUGACAGGGAGGAGGCUAAGGAUUCUAAACCUGGACUGAAGAGACUCUGUACAAAGAAAUGGGUGCCACACUUGUAUGUGAACAAUAGUGACUACAUUUGCUGUCAUUAUACCGAUCGUGCCGGGGUUGCUGCAGAUGUUACUACAGAUGAGCCGGAGAUGAAGGACGACGUCGGAGAUGAUGCGGCGGCGAAGCUGUUUGUGAUGUCUAAGGGCCCUCAGAAGUUUCUUGAAGCUCAUGGGUUGCAGCAAUGGUGGUCAGAUGACAUGGAACUCCAAGUGGCUGCCCAUCAAAGCAAACUUAUUAACAGGCAGCUGAGAUCACUAUACACAAUCCCACCACCGCCAACUCCAGUGAAGUCCUAAUAAAAACCUUUGUAAUAUUUUUUUCCUUUUGGUCCCUACUCAUCUCAAUUCUUCCUUCACAUUCUUUGAUCUGCAUGUCUUCUUGAGCAUGAGUCAAGAUUAUUGACUUUUCUUUGCAAUGCCCUGCACAAGCAGGGUUGUUCACUAUGUAUUGUAUCUGGUUCAAGAAGGGUAUAUUACUUCUUAAAAUGUUGUUUCACAAUGGGAACUGAACUUAAGUUUUUCUUUCAGAUAUAUAUGGCAUUACCAUGUGCCAAGUAGUUCAUGAG